GAGACGUUCCGCGCCCAGAGCCGUGGUUGCGCGGAGCGGCCCAGCAGACGGAGCGCGCCCGCGCCGCGCGCCGGCCCCCGCCUUUCGCCACCGCAGUGCUCUGGCGCCUGCCCGCUGGGCUGCGGCCUGCCCCGCCCCUGGGCCCUCGGGUGGGAGGGGCUCGGCGUACAGUCAGCGGUUUGGUGUAUGCUUCGAUCCCUUCCCACGGCCAUGUUUCCCUGCGGGAUGGCGUCCGCUGCCGCGGGGGUGGCUUUCGCUGCCAGCUGCGCAGCGGGGCCUAUCUUCAGGCGCUCCGACGGGCACCUUGACAGGCGCUCCAACCACUGGAUGCAGCGAGGCCACUCGGCUGCUGACCCUCCGGCGGCGGUGCGGGCGCCUGGCCACGUGGCGCGGCGCGCUGCCGGAGCGGCCGCUGCGGCGGCAUGCGCAGCGGCGGCGGUGGGCCCGCGCAGAAGGCCGAGAGCCCGACGAGGAGGUGGCAGGAUUGCCCGUUGCGCCGGCACGUCCAUGAAUCUCGACAUUGACAUUAUCAAGAAGGUGGACAAGAAGGACCAGGCGAUGGAGGAGUCCAAGACCUCUGGGGACUUCUGGGCGGUCAUGGCUCACGCGCCGAUCGUCAAUUGUAAUUGCAAUUCGCCUCUCAACAAGCUGCCGUUCGUGAAGAGAUGGACGUGCAAGUGUCCAGGCAGCAGGGGAAGCAAGCGUCAAGACGACAAGGAGAGAGCAGACGGGGUCAGGAUAUGAUCUGUACGUGUGUCUAUGUCUAUUUGCCGUAUGCUCACGCACGUUCCUGGAUGCACAGAUGGGCCCGUUGCCCGCCACCGCACCACAGAGCCCAAUCUGCAUUGUUACGGGUCACACUGGCACACAUUCGGAUUCGUUGCGAAGCAGCGCAGCCAUGCGAUAUUCCAGAUGCGCGCAAAGGCGAUCCUGGGUCGAAGGACCAGGCGGUGUAGGGUGGAGCGGCGCGGAACACGAGGGACCGAACACAAGAAGCCAGCUGCAUGAUAUCAGAAAGGAAAAGCGAAAGAGGCCUCCCUCUUGUUGGAAGGAAGGUGGUGGCAGGGGACCCAGACAUCCGACGAUAUGAGCUGUUCGAUGCGCAGCAACAUAAGUCUCGACCCCUUCCCCAGGUCCAGUUGUUCGCUUUGGGUCCGUUGUAUGGCCCUCGGGCCUUAUAGGGGGCCCCAGAGGCCGGAGUCGAGGAACAACUGCCGGAUCCAAACAAUCAUGUCGUUGGAAAUUUUGGGAAGGAGGAGCCAGCCGAUGUGCAUUGGGCAUUGGGGGCCUUUCCAUUGGUGCGAGCCCGAUCGACGAUGACUUGCACACUAUUAUGUGUUCUUCCAGGUGUGCUCUUACAGUCACGGAGUACGCAGAGGUAUUGUCUCAGGGCAUCCCGCUUCUUUCUCGCAACAGGCGCGUGCCCUUUGUUGUUGUGGUUGUUAUGUGCCGAUGGGUAUUUUAGAGUAUGUACCUGGGGUAAUCCCAGAUCCCAACCUAUGUUAGCUGAUUUCCCGUCUUAUGACUCGAGCAGUGUUCCCUACUCCAUCCUUUUCAGGGGGCGGGCGGAAACACCAGCUACUUGCAACGCCUUUCUACUUCAUGUUUCUA